ACGAGUGUGACGUCACGCGCUCGGACCGAGCCGUGACCUGCUGCUCCGGCUAUGCUAGGGGUCCCCUCCGACAGAUGUUCCGCACAAAACGCAGGGAAUGCCCGGUGUUUGGUCAACGUAACACGUUCAACGACAACGGGUUAGCGGUCGUAGAAGGUACCCGGCGGUUCCGACGAGCGGGGAUCGGUAUUUAGCGCUAACGUUAAUCGAAAGUGGAAGAGGAAUCGAAGUUUCAUGUUUUCCAACUAGCGGACUUUGUCACUAAAUCAACCCGAUCGAGCGCGCCUUUAGUUCGCUAUCAACUCUAAAGGUCUUUCUGACUCCAGCAGCCUGCGUGACGUCAUCAUGGACCCCUGAAGAACUCUGUGGCCUCGUGGGUUGUUGGUCAUUUCGUUCACGCCCACAACUUGGCUGACCUCCCGGGAAGACGGGAGCGAGCAGAUGGGGAGCAGCUGCUGCCCCCCUGCGCGUCCCUGUGGCAGUGCGGAGGAAAGGAGCGUUUUGCUGAAGGACGACUCCAAGGCCGCGGUGCUCCCGUGUCAAACCACUGCGGAGGGCACCUGUCGCCCCGGAGGCAAUGAUCACAUCAGAAAACCUCCCGAUGAGGCGGAUGUAAAGAUGGAGGAGGCUGCGCAGGCGAAGCAGAGCCCAGAGGUGGCAGAGACGUCCCCCGAUAGCACUCCGGAGAACGGACCCUUGCAGAAGGAGGUCGUGCAAACGGCAACGCCUUCUCCCAGCAGAGGGUCCGAGCUCGAAGAAAACUCUGCCACAGUACGAGAGGAAGACGUGAAGGACCGUCCUGCAGAAGGUGGCCAGGCGGAACUCGUGCAAUGCACCUUGAAGUCGCUGCAGAAAGAAUGCGCCGCCGCGGAUUGGGAGGUUGUCUCACCAACAAAUGCCCAACCCGAAGAAGAUAAUCCGGCCUCGGAGAACGACAGAAUCCCCGACGGAGGCUCGCCGACAGCAGAGGAGGUUUGCCCCGAAAACCUCGCCGAGACAAACGCAACGGGAGAGCACGUUCCAGUGGACGAUACUCACGGCGAUGAUGAUGAUGAAGAAGAUGGAUCCGAAGUCCCGGUUGAGAACGCUGUGGCCGAGCCGCCAGGGGAGUUCUCUCAAAACAACGCAGGGGUUUCUGUGCCAAACGCUCGGCUCUCUGCCGGUCAGACGGCGUCCUCCUCGGUGGUCAGUCGGGAGAACGGCAGAGCGUCCCCGAUCCCUCCUGUGACUGAAGACUCUGAGGACGGCCCUUCUCCACCGAGUCCUCAAGUUACAAAAAGCGACGAGGUCUGUGAGUCUUCUGCCGGAUCAGAGUCCACGGGACUGAACCACAGCGGCGAGGACCGUGGCUCCGCCUACUGUGUCCCGGAGCCAGAGACCACAGCUCCAGCGGGCGCCGGCGACAGCUCAAAGUCUGAUCCAGAUGCAGAGCCAGAUGUUGAGCGCAUGGCAACGAGCUCGAAGGAGGUCACUCCCUCCACUGAGGAGGAAAUGAUGGGCAAAGGGCAGGAGAAAGAAGACGAUGGUCCUAAAGUUGUUGAGGAGGAGGAGGAGGAGGUGAUUAAGGGCGAGAAGCAAAGGACCGGAGGAGAAGCUGACAUUUACGAGGUGCCUGGAGGAGAGGGGGAGGAGGAGGAGGAGGAGGAGGAGGACUCUGCCGAAGAAGGCACGGAGAACAGUGAAGAAGACCUUUACAGAGGCGCCGAGGAGCAGUCGGCUCCACAAAACAACGAAGCCGAAACUACAGUUUUAAAGGUUGAGGACGGAGGCAGUUUGGGUCCCGUGGUGGAGACUCUGUGUUACAGCGAGAGGGAGUGGAAAGGAAACACCGCCAAAAGCGCUCUCAUCAGGAAGGGCUACAAAGAGAUGUCCCGGAGGUUUGGCGGCGUGAGGAGAGUGCGGGGCGACAACUACUGCGCCCUCCGAGCCACCCUGUACCAGGUGCUCUCCCACAGCACCCAGCUGCCCGCAUGGCUGCAGGAGCGCGACGUCAACAUGCUGUGGAAGCAACUCGAGGCCCAGGAAGGUCUCUUCAGCCAGUGGACGUUUCCCGCAGAAUGCCUGCAGGGGGACGGGACAGGAGAUGCUAGCCGGCAGCUGAAAGGCUACGUGGAGCUUCUCCGAAAUAAGUGGCGGGCGGUGGUGGACGGCGCCUCGGCGGCGGAGCGCCGGCUGCUCUGCGAGCGCGUCUUCCGGGGAGGGGAAGAGGAGCUGGGGCUGCUGGAGGCGCUCAAGCUGCUGAUGCUGGGCAGAGCGGUGGAGCUGCACGGCGCCAUGAUGGGCGGCGGCGACGUGCCGCUCUUCUGCUGGCUGCUGUUCGCCCGGGACUCGUCCGCUUGCCCGCGCUCCUUCCUCUCCAACCACCUCAGCCACGUGGGCCUCGGCGCCGGUCUGGAGCAGGUGGAGAUGUUCCUGCUGGGCUACGCCUUGCGGCGCACCAUCCAGGUCUACAGGCUGUACAAGGCCGGCACGGAGGAGUUCGUCACGUACUACCCGGACGACCACAAGGACGACUGGCCGCCCGUGUGCCUCGUCACCGAGGACGACCGCCACUACAACGUGCCGGUCGCGGGCGCCAGCUGAGGGGAAGCCUGCACGCCACGCCACGCAACGACAAAAAAACCACUCCUCAGGUCAAAGUGAAUUCCGUUCACGCCGUUUUGAAGGGACGUUUGCUCUCUCGCUGAGAGUUUGAUGACGAAGAUCACUACCAGCCUACUGCAGCCGGGUUAGCUUAGCACAAAGACUGCUAGCCCAGCUCGGCUCCGAGAGGACUGGUUUCCAGUCUCACCGGUGAGCUCGAGUUGCAGCGGUUUUGAGCUUCUUGUUUAACUCGAGGCAAGAAGUCAGAGAAGCAAAGUUCCCAGAUAAUAUAUGCUGAUUCUAGACCCUGUACAAGAUGUGCUUUACACACCUUUUGUACACACUGUACUGUACACAGUUUUCUAUUUGGGUACAUGCUGUUAAUGUGCAUCUGAUCCUGCAUUUCGACUCUCGGGAAGAAAAAAAAAGAUCCCAAUUCUUCUGGGGAAACUUCUGAUCAAAAACAACGGAGCAGCCAGCUGCGCCAAAAUGAUGUUAAGUGUUUACACUGGGAAUAUUGGGACUAUUUGUGUAAUAAUUUAUUCAUUUUGUGGGGGGGGGGGAGAAAGUGCUUUGAAUUAAGUGAAUUAGUCGGUGAAGGUUGGAUGAUUAAUUUCGGUCGAACAACCGCCCCCGAUGCAUCACAGCCUCUGUGUCAGAGGUGUGAUGGUCUGUGUGACGUGUGUGUGUGUGUGUCAAACUAAAUGUGUAACAUGUUGCCUUUAACCGAGCCGUUGGGAAAGCAGAAAUGUGCCAAAUCUUGCUGCAAACACUGGCAACCGUUCCAACCACCAGCCACAGGAUUCAGUCGUAACUUUGCUUGGUCCUCCCGUGUUGCCUUAGAAAUAAUGCACAAUAAGAAUGAAUGUUAUGGCAACCCGAAGGUGAUGGAACAUCGCUUGUGGCAUCUGAAGUUUUGAAUGGCAUUCGAAGAAAAAAAAAAAGAAAAUGAAGUACAAUUUUUGUAAAAGGUUGUUUUUUGGGGGGGUUUGUAUCAUUUUAUGAGAGCUGUUAACAUGCAUUUGAACCGAAGCUACAGAAAAUGACACAUCGGCUCGCAGACUCCCGUCUGUAAACCGUGGUUAAAUACAAUGGAUUUUCUUAAGCUCUAAAUGCA